AUACUCGGUUUAGAGGGAAAAGUCUCUUUUUUUGACUGUAAAGUACAUACACGUUAUGGUAAGUUCGAAGGAAGUAAAUAAAAAAAAAUCAGAAUGCCAAAGAAACAUCAAGUACCUAUGCUAGUGGAUCUAGCUUUACAGUCCAUCGGCGAAUUUGUAAUUGCUUUUGGUAGAUAUAUGACAAAGCUUGUCUGCACCAUUUCUAAAACAAAUCCAGAAUGUGGAAACGUUAAAUUACAUUCAAUGUUAGAAUUCAUGAAAGAUUUACUAAACUCCAAUGUACCACGAAACUUGUACAAUAGAAUGUCCGUGGCGGUGUUGACAGCGGUUGAAAAUUUAGUUGAAGAAACCAGAGGUACAUACAAUGACUUUGUUUUAACUACAGCCUUCCUAUCAGAAAUGACAAUUGCUCUUCACUUAACAGAAGUUGCUAUAGGUGCACAUUUAAGAACAAUUGAAUUCUCAAUUUGGCCUAAAAUUAUGAGGCACAUGCUUUAUAAUAAGUUACACGAUAUGGUCGGCCUUGAAGUUUUAGACUUGGGCUCAGGUUCAGCUGGUUGGAGAACAUCCGACAUCGAGAAAAUGAUUAUCAAUGGAGUUUCUGUCAUGCCGAACUUAGCAUGCUUCAUUUUAUGUUCUGACUGUACAGAUAAUAUUAUAAUGGCCUUGGCUCAGCAUUGUAAAAAGCUGCAAAAGCUAGAUGUAACUGCAUCUAGGUCUGUAACAGAACGCAGCGUUCUUCCUCUGCUUUCAUGUAAAUAUUUAACACAAGUUAAAUUAUGUAGAACUUCAAUGACUAUACCUGGCUAUGCAAAUCUGUUCUUAGAGCAUUUGAACAUACAAGAUAUUGGUAGAUGCGAUGAGUUUGGGUUUGUUUUAGAGCUUGUCAAUAAAAGAGAAACCAAUGUUAAAGGUUCUUUUCACAUAAGAACGUUUGAAAGUCGAAAUUUCAGUAUGGAACAUUUAUAUCUUUUAGUAGACAUGUGUCCAUAUAUUACAAGUCUUUGUUUACUACGUGAUGAAAGAAUUGUUAACUUAACAAUUCUUGCUACUCUUGACUACUUAAAAGAAUUAAAGCUCUUGUCUUGCGAUUUUUAUACCCAUGGAAUAAACUCAUUAUUGGAAAUAAAGGGUAGCACAAUUAUAAGUCUGCACUUGGAGCAUGUAGAAGAAAUUGAUCUAAAUGCACUUAUUUCCAUAAGCCAAUACUGUCCAGGUAUAAAAAGCCUAAUGUUUUAUAAUUGUGAAUUCUUAGAACGUGCACAAAGAUAUCCAAGGAAGCUUGCAGUUUCACCUUUUCAAUUGUUAGAGAGAAUCAAAUGUGUAGCGGAAUGCGCUAGUAUGCACCUAGAAUUUUUGCUUUCUCAUUGUACGAAUAUCAAGUUUAUACAAUUGGGUUCAUCAACUGGUAUCGAAGAUGAAACAAUGAGAAGAAUACUUUUGCAAAAUCCAAUGAGCAAAUUAGAAGAACUUAAAAUAUUAUACAGUCAUGAUUUAUCAAUGAGAACUAUACAACUGUUGAUGGAAAAUUGUGAUAAUUUACAACGUUUAUCUGAAUUAGAAAACUGGCAAGGAAUAUCGCCUGCAGAGUUAAAUCUAUUUAGAGAAGAAUUAAAAAACACUAAUACAAAUUUGGAUACGAGUCCAAAUGUAUUUUUUGCAUAAAUGAAAUUUCGAAGGUGAUUAAAUUGUUGUAGACAGUGUAGGAUAUAUUUUUUUACAUUAUCCUAUAUAAUAAAGUUAUAUUAAUUAAUUAAUAUAUAAUCGUUUAAUAUUUUGUGCAUACUGUAGAUCGCGUAAUCUAAUAUUUAUAUCUUUCCUUUUCUUCAUGUUAAAAAAACAGUUUAGCAGGAACAAUAGUUAACAGUAACUAUUUAUUAACGUAGAUUUUAUUGUAUAUUCGUGAAUAAAGUUUACAUUUUAUUAUUAUUA